AUGAUUGGACGUGCUGUGUUAUGGCGAAAAAAGUUGUUCAGUGGAGACAAAAGGUCAUUCAAAAAGCAAGACAUUUACGAACAUUCUGUCGAUGAUUAUUCUGCACAAUCACCAAAUCGUGGCACAAGUGUAGACAAAUAUAACAUCAUUGAUGGUAUAUCCCAAACAUCGCCUGAACGAAUUUGCAAUUAUUCCAGUUUCACACGCUUGGAUACUCAACAAGAUAACAGCAAAUAUCAAUAUCAAGACAAGUUUCCUCUAGGCAAAUUUACUGACGACAAAUUUCCUGUGUACAAGUGCGCCAAUGUCAACCGACGAAUAACUAGAGCCUUCACUGAUUCUGCGCUGAGCACCGCUAUGAAUAGCUCUCGCAGUAAAAAAGCGGACGACUCUAAGGCCAAACGUCAUUCUGUCUCUCCGCGGAAAUCAAUCGUCUUAUCAAACGACGUUGUCAUAAAUAGUAUUGUCACCACCACCUCUCAGACUAACGGCACGUCUACCCCACAUAAACAUAAAUUAGUAAAUAAUUCUCCGAAAAAGACUAGUUUUAAAAAGGAAGGUGCCGUGAUGACCACCGAACCGGAAGACAUUUCGGACGCUGAGAAAGAGACCAUGCCGGAAGACACACAUUCAAACGCUUAUCCCGAGGAAAUAUUUGUAGACAAGUCUCUACAAGAGGGAACUCCACUUUUAAAAGUGUCUGCAAAGAAAAAAAUGCAGAGAAUUUUCAGAAUCGACGUUGGUCAAGGGAGAAUACUAUGGGAUUCUAAAAAGUCCGGUAAAGUCAACAUCGAAAAUAUCAAAGAGGUUCGUAUAAAAGAAGCGGCGCGAUCUUAUCGCGAGCUGUUUAAAGUGAGCGUCGACUUUGAACCUCGGUGGUUUACCAUAGUCUAUGUUGAAGCCGGCAAGUAUAAAACACUUCAUCUGGUAGCGACAACGAAAUCGGAUUUCGAAAAAUGGGUAGACACGCUCGAACGUCUAUAUUUCCAACGGCGAGAUAUGAUGGGAGGACUCGGUCAUCUGCGUAAAAGACAGUCCAUAUGGCUAAAACAGCAUUGGAAGCAAGCUGAUAAAGAUGGAAAUUCCAAAUUAAGCUUUGAUGAAGUAGUCAGAUUAUGUCGACAGCUAAACAUUCAUAUGUCGAAAAGUGUGUUAAAGGCCAAAUUUGAUGACGCAGACCGGAACAAAAAUGGUUCUCUAGAUUUUAAAGAAUUUCAGCAGUUUAUGGCAUUGACAGAAAAAGAAUAUCGCACGCUUUACCACAAAUUCAGUGAUAAAGAGCGUGCGGCAAUGACUUUGGAAGGUUUCAACACUUUCCUCGUGUCAAGCGACAAUUCCAUAUUCGCACCUGAGCAUAGUAAAAUCUUCCAGGAUAUGAAUCAGCCACUAUCUCAUUAUUAUAUUAACUCGUCACAUAAUACAUACCUACUUGGUCAUCAGUUGAAGGGAGAAUCAUCGAUUGAAGGCUACAUACGAGCAUUGCAACAGGGUUGCCGAUGUGUCGAAAUUGACUGCUGGGAUGGCACCGAAGGUCCAAUAGUAACGCACGGACAUACUUUCACAUCCAAAAUCCUAUUUGCCGAUGCUAUAAAUGCAAUUCGUAUAUAUGCAUUCAAGGCGUCAAGUUAUCCGUUAAUACUCUCUCUCGAAGUACAUUGUAAUGUUGAACAGCAGACACAAAUGGCAUCAAUUAUACGAAGUAUGCUUGGUGAAUAUCUCGUUGAUUGGUUUAUAUCAGACAGCGAGGUAGAACUUCCCAGUCCUGCCGCACUUAUGAAUAAAAUAUUAAUAAAGGGGAAGAACAUCCCACCCGGUCAUGAAGACUCGGCGACAGAAUCUGAAUCAACGACAGAGUCCGGAUCUGAUGUUGAUUCGUCUAAAGAAUCCCAGGCUCGCUUAAAGAAACAGGAGAAGCUAAAGAAAAAACAUAGACAACGCAUAGCGCCAGCAUUAUCUGAUCUCGUUAACUACUGUUCAUCCGUGAAGUUCAAAGGAUUUGAUUAUCAUCACAUCGAACCCUUCUAUCACAUGUCUUCCUUUUCGGAAAGAGUGUCUGCUCGACUCAUUAAAUCAGACAGAAAGAACUUUCUUCGACAUAAUGUACGACAUCUUAGUAGAAUAUAUCCGGCCGGAUUUCGAAUAAAUUCGUCAAACUAUGAACCACAGCACCACUGGAACGCUGGAAAUCAAAUGGUGGCGCUCAACUGGCAAACGUUCGAUCUUGGUAUGCAAAUCAAUCAAGCAAUGUUUAUGGUGAAUGGCAGAUGUGGUUAUAUCCUCAAGCCAGAACGACUACGAAAAUACGAAUCCCUGACCACAAAUGCAUUGGCAACGACGACAACGUGGAAAUUGACAAUAGAGAUAAUAUCAGGCCAGCAGUUACCAAAACCCAAAGAACAAACAAAAGGAGAAAUAGUCGACCCCUUUGUUGAAGUCGAAUUGUUAGUUCCUGGCGCAGACGCUGUAAAAUAUAAAACAAAAACCGUUAACGAUAAUGGGUUUAAUCCGAUUUGGAAAGAAGCAGCCGAUUUUACAAUACAUUUCAAUGAGCUUAGUCUUGUAUUUUUACGAUUUAGUGUAUAUGACGAAGACGUUCGUACUAGUGAAUUCAUUGCGUCGUAUUGUAUUCCUGUUGCAAGUCUACAACCUGGAUAUCGUAAUGUCCCGCUAAAUGAUGCGAAUGGAGAGCAAUAUCUGUUUACUUCUUUAAACUUCCAUCUUGCUGAUUUUAUAACACUGGGAAAUGGUUCAUGUGGAUCUUUCGCUAUAUUCGCGAAUAUGCAAUAUGUGGCCACGGACGACAUUAGCUACAUUUGGCUCGGGAUACUUCUCAUUGCAUGUGGCCUUUUCUUUGACGUUAUGGAUGGGAAGGUAGCAAGAUGGAGGAAGAAUUCUAGUAUUUUGGGACAAGAAUUGGACUCGCUGGCUGACUUGAUAUCUUUUGGCAUGGCUCCAGCAACUUUAGCAUUCGCAAUUGGAAUGCGUUCCUUCUUAGAUGUUAUCGUUCUUGCUGUAUUCGUCUCGUGUGGCAUUGCCCGACUUGCUCGAUAUAAUGCGACAGUAGCUUCUAUUCCCAAGGAUUCUUCUGGAAAGAUACAAUAUUUUGAAGGAACGCCCAUUCCAAUAUCUCUUGUCCUUGUUACUGCUAUCGCAUUUUUCGCAUAUAAUGAAAGACUGAAUGACAAUCUGCCCGGAGGGCUUUCUCAUGUUGUGAAUGGAGUUGAAUUUCAUCCGUUCGUUCUACUAUAUGCAUUACUUGGAACUGGGAUGGUUAGCAAAACACUAAAGAUUCCGAAAAUUUAG